AUGUAUGAGGAUUCGGAUCCCGACAGUGAUCAACCCCUGAAUGGCACUGAUGCCGCUCACUCUCCCGGCAAGCCCCGCACCUCGCUGGAGACCUUCAAAAGGGUAGGGAUCCCCAUCAUUGCAGCACUGCUGAGCCUGGUGACCAUCAUCAUUCUGGCUUUCCUCAUCAAGGUGAUUCUGGAUAAGCAUUACUUCGUCUGCGGGAAUCCUCUGCGCUUCAUCCCGAAGAGACAGGUGUGUGACGGCCAGAUGGACUGUGGCUCCGGGGAGGAUGAGGAGCCAUGUGUCAAGGUCAUUCCUGAGCAGCCCACUGUGACAGUCCGCCUCUCCAAGGACCGAUCCACCCUGCAGGUGCUGAACUCGGCCACAGGGAGCUGGGCCUCUGUCUGCUUUGACAACUUCUCAACGUCUCUGGCAAAGGCAGCCUGUGGGAAGAUGGGCUACAGCAGCAAACCCACUUUCCAAGAUGUAAAGAUUGGCCCGGGCCAGCGUCUGGAUGUCGUUGGAGUCACAGAAAACAGCCAGGAGCUUCAGGUGCAGAACUCAAGCAGACCCUGUCUCUCAGGCUCCCUGGUCUCCCUGUCCUGCAUCAACUGCGGACAGAGCUCCAAGUCACCUCGCGUGGUGGGCGGGGAAGAAGCCUCCAUGUACUCCUGGCCCUGGCAAGUCAGUAUCCAGUACCAGAAGCAGCAUGUCUGUGGGGGCAGCAUCCUGGACCCCCACUGGAUCCUCACAGCAGCCCACUGCUUCCGGAAGCAUCUUGAUGUGGACAACUGGAAGGUGAGCGCUGGCUCAGAAAAAGUGGACCACCUCCCCACCCUGCCCGUGGCCAAGAUCUUCGUCACGGAGUACAACACCACAUACCCCAAAGAGAAUGACAUUGCCCUGGUCAAGCUGCAGCACCCGCUCACAUUCUCAGAUACAGUCAGGCCCAUCUGCCUGCCCUUCUUUGAUGAGGAGCUCCCUUCAGCCACACGACUCUGGGUCGUAGGAUGGGGCUUUACAGAAGAUGGUGGAGGGAAGAUGUCGGACAUGUUGCUGCAGGCGUCCGUGCAGGUUAUCAACCACACACGGUGCAAUGCAGAAGAUGCCUACCAGGGGGAAGUCACCGAUACCAUGCUGUGUGCAGGCAUCCCAGGAGGCGGCGUGGACACUUGCCAGGGUGACAGCGGUGGGCCCCUGAUGUACCAUUCUGGCCAGUGGCAAGUGGUGGGCAUCGUGAGCUGGGGUCAUGGCUGCGGGAGCCCAAGUACCCCAGGAGUGUACACCAAGGUCGCCGCCUAUCUCGACUGGAUCUAUAAUGUCAGGGAGUCCGAGCUGUAACACCGCUUCCCCUCUGCAGUGCUGGGAGCCACUUUCUCUCCCAGACCCCCUUGGGGAUCAGACAGAAGACUGACAAACAGCAGGAAGAGACCUCCGAGACUGGCCUCUCUGCCCACAACCUCAGCACAGCUUCAGACAGCUCUGCGUUGUAUAAGAGACACCCAGAGCUCAGAGGCACCUGAAGAAAGUCGUCAGUUCCAGGUCAGCCUCCACCUGCAGACAUGCAGCAUGCUAAUCGGGGUCGGUCUGGGAAAGAACUCUCCAGACCAUGGACUUGAACCACAUAAGGUCAGAGCUGAGGAGGAAAGGGUGUGGAGCAGCCUCUGCUUCUCCACUCCUCCCCAAGCCUCCUGGAACAAGGUGCUGGUCGUGAUGGCACUGCACCA